AUUGCUACCUCUAGCCGUACGUCAUUUUGACUUUUUGGUUUUGUUUCUCCGUCUACAAUCUCUCACCUGAUCCUCCAACAACCAUACUUCCUUUCAUGUUUCCAAAGUCGAACAGUCUUAAUUGAUACCAACCUCCUAUUACCGUACCUACCUCUACUGGAAAAUAACACGGCGGAUCGUUAAUCACCGGCUCUGUUCCCACCAAGCAUCGACGAACUCCAAAACACCAACCUAGACACAUACCUACUGCCUACCAUCACAUCCCGCGACAUCCGAACCACCACCACCACCACCACCACCACCAGUCAAGAAAGACAUGGCCCGCAACUACUUCUCCCCCUACGCCCCCCGUCGGCGCUCCAACCGCAUGGUUCUCAUCUGGGUCACCCUCUUCUUCUCCAUCAUCUUCUUCAUGUGGUGGAUACAAACUCGUCACCACGACGCCGCACGCGCCUACGCAGACUUGCUUGUCCGGGGCCCGAGGAUGGAAGGGGAUAACGCGAGGGGUGGGAGGAUCUUGGAGGAUGCGUAAAUGGAAAAAAAAAAAAAAAGGGGGGGGGGGGGGGGGCUCACACAUUUGUUGUCAGUGGCCAUCACCUUGGCCGGAGAGCGAGAGGAAUCCUGUUAUCUGGAUGAGGAAAAGGUUGGGAUGGGAUGGAUGGGGUAGCAAGGUUUGAGCACGGAAAAAAGGGCGGUGGUGAUGGUGGAGUUGGAAGGGUAAGAGAGAGCUUCGUCGCAGGACCUCAGAGACCUCACUCAGCAAGCGGAGAGGGGAUGACGACCAAGAUACCCACGAUAUCAACAUAGCAAGAAAAGCCGGAAAACGAGAGAGACGACUUCUGGUGGUUUGAAGAACAAUUUCUAGAGGAGGAGUUGGUGGGCGAAGCACCCAAUUUCUUGGCCAGGGGUCAUGGCCAUAAAAGAACGCAUUUGGCUCUGGCGACGAACGGAGGAGGCAUUGCGGACUACUGUGUAUGAGAUGCGUAUACCUAGAGAUACAACAGGAAAAUAAUGUUUUAUUUUGGGCUUGACAACCCAGCCAUCAUUUGCUG